AUGGCGGCGCCUGGGGAGGACGAGUCGCCGCAUGUCGGGCCCUCCCACCCGCUCAAAAUCUUCGACGCCGCCAGGAAGCAGGACAAGUUCCUCUACGCGUGCGCCCCCAUGGUGCGGUACAGCAAGCUCGCCUUCCGACAGACGGUGCACCAGUACGGCGUCGACCUGUGCUGGACGCCCAUGAUUCUCGCCAAGGAGUUCAACCGCAGCGGAUUCGCACGCGACAGCGACCUCACCAUAUCAACCCAGGGCGUCCAGCCCCCCACGAUCCUCCAGUUCGGCGCCAACAAGCCCCUCGAGCUCGCCCGCGCCUCCGCCCUGGCCGCGCCCUUCGUCUCGGGCGUGGACCUCAACUGCGGCUGCCCCCAGUCGUGGGCCUGCGCCGAGACGCUCGGCGCCGCGCUCAUGAACCGCCGCGAGCUGGUCCGCGACAUGGUCGUCGAGACGCGGGACCGCCUGCGCGGUGAUGGAUGGGCCGUUGGCAUGGAGGCUGAUGUGAAUAGCCCCCGGGGCAGGAGCGUGAGCGUCAAGAUACGCGUCCACGAUGACUUGAGGAAAACCAUGGACUUUCUCGAUACCGUCAUCGGGCAUCCCCAGAAUCGGCUCGUCGACUGGGUCACCAUCCACCCGCGCACGCGCAGCACCCCCUCCACCACGCCCAUCCGCACCGAGGCGCUCGACAUCCUCACCGCCAAGUACGCCGGCACGCUCCCCAUCCUCCUCUCCGGCGACGUCUUCGACCUAUCCUCACUGCCGUUCAAGCCCUCCACGCCGCCGCCCCCCGACCUCGCCACCCUCACCCUCAAAGACGACGCCGACCAACACCCCCGACACCCCAACGGCACCGCCAACGGAGCCCUCGUCGGCGACGCUUCCACGCAGCCCCGCCCCAGCAACACCAACCUCUCGGGCUUCAUGUCCGCGCGCGGCCUGCUCGCCAACCCGGCCCUCUUCGCCGGGCACCCGACCUGCCCCUGGGAGGCCGUCGAGGCCUUCAUGUGCAACGUCGCCCGCUGCCCGCUGCCCUUCAAGCUCGUCGUGCACCACGUCUCCGAGAUGUGCGGGCCCGGCUUCGCGACCGACAGGAAGCCCCUGCUGGGCCGCAGGGACCGCGCCCGCCUCUCCAGCUUGGCGGACAUGUGCGAGCUCAUCGACUACCUGGAUGAGAAGCUGGAGGAGCGUACCGGCCGCAAGGGUGGCCUGCGGAGAGACCUGUGA